UUCCCGCCACAAUCUAUCAAAAUGGCUGUACAAAGGAAGAAUAACAACAUAGACUACAAGUCACUUCCGGCAGAAUAUCACAAUGUGAUCGCAAUAGGAGCAGGAGUGACAAGUUUGGCAUUAACGUGUCAUUUACAAUUAAUGUCAAACGAAAAAGACUUUUUGAUUCUAGAACGUGAAGGUGGUAUCGGUGGAACAUGGUGGAGUAAUACAUAUCCGGGAGCAGGAUGCGAUAUCCCCAUCCCGCUGUAUUCUUUCAGCUUUGCACAAAAACGUAAUUGGUCUUCUUUCUUCGCUUUACACGAUGAAAUUCGAACAUACCUACAAGAAGUAGCCGACCGAUUCGAUCUCACACGUAAAAGUAGAUUCUUCACAGAAGUUCAUUUGGCUGAAUGGGAUGAAGACUUGGGUCUAUGGCAUGUUUAUACUAGACCCGCAAAAGGGAUCAAAGGCGGAAAUGAUGAAACAGAAUCUGCACCACCAAAGCAUUACCUCUGCAAGAUCUUAUUUACCGGAUUAGGACAUCUCAAUAUUCCAAACGAUUGCGAUAUCCCGGGUAACGAAUCGUUCAAGGGACCAAUAUUCCAUUCUGCCAGAUGGGAUCACAGUGUCAGCUUGGCAAAUAAGAAUGUGUUUGUGAUCGGAAAUGGUUGUAGUGCAGCACAAUUUGUACCACAAAUCGCCAAAGAAGCAAAACAAGUCAAUCAAGCCGUUCGAUCUAAGCAUUGGUAUGCUCAAAGACCGCAUGAUCCAUUCGAUUUCGCACUUUGGCGUUGGAUGUUGUUAUACGUUCCAGGAUUGUACAAAGUUCAACGUUGGCUAAUUGCACUCGCUCUGGAGUUCAGCAUGCUUAACAUGUUUAGACAUCGUUUGGGAACAUUCUUCCGCAACAGAUUUGCGGCUAAAUGCAUUCGAUAUGCCAAAAAGACAGCACCGGAGAAAUACCACAAAGCAAUCAUUCCUUCGUUAGAAGAAGUCGUUCCAGGAUGCAAAAGAAGAGUGUUUGAUACAGGUUACCUCGAAUCUCUACAACGUCAAAAUGUUGAUUUAGUCACUUCACAUGUGACUCAAAUCAAAGAGAAUACAGUCAUCACAAAAGACGGAACAGAAUACCCCGCAGAUGUGAUUGUAUUGGCAAACGGUUUCAAAAUUAAAGAUGCAGGUUUUCCACUCAAGAUCGUUGGCAGAAACGGUGUCAAUUUGCAAGAUUACUGGAAACAAAACGGAGGACCUCAAACAUAUCGAUCAUGUAUGAUCUCCCACUUUCCCAACUUCUUUGAGGGAAUGGGAACAAACAGUGGAACGGGUCAUUUCUCAUUCAUGUUCACUGCUGAAUGUCAAGCACAAUUUGCCAUUCGUGUCAUGCAACCUAUCCUGGAAACUCCUAGACCGUUCAUCUUUGACGCCAAGAAUCCCUCUUUCAAGCGUGGUGCAACAGUGACCUGCAAAACAGAAGCAGAAGAAGAUGAAGUUGUAUGGGCACAAUCCACUUCUUAUCAAAAGAUGGUAUACGGAUACAAUUGCAGUACCUGGUACGUUGAUGCUGAAUCAGGACGACAAACGACAAUGUAUCCUUCUUGGCAAUUCAUGUUCUGGCUUCGUUCAGCUUAUCCUCUAUAUCACAAGGAUUUGAUUUAUCAAGAUUGUAAGCCACCGGGAGGUUAUCUAACCCAGUUCAGAGAAUGGUUGGGUAUCGGAGGCAUUCCUAAACCUUCUCAAGAGCUUAUUAAACGAUUCAAAGCGGGAGAAUUCACCACACGUGAGACACCAAAAGAACGUUUAUCAAAGUGAUUCGUCAUCAUAUUGUAUUCAGAGUUGUAGUUUUGUUAAUAGAUCAUUGUUUGUUAUGUGAAAUGGUGGCAUGAGUAUGAUAGCGGAGAAUUACUAACCGCCGCUGAAUAUUAUAAUCAUUAUACCUGUACGCGUGUAGACUGACUGUUAAUUCACCCGAUUCAUGCGGUGAGCCAAACAAGAAGGGUUACACUGAGUGUUUCAUGCGUGGAUCGAAAUUAUAUCCUUACGCACCUUAUCCGUGUUUGCUUCGUGUGAUGGAGGGGUUAACUUUUGUUUAAAUGAAAGCG